AUGAGUCUCAAAGAUAUACUAUCAUCACUCCUUCUACUUCCAGCACUUGCUGCGGCAGUAAAUUCAACUGUAUCAUCCUCGGGAGACAGCUCCUCCAAGGUGCCUCGCAUAACAAAGCAAUCCACGGAUGGCGACCGUCACUACGUGGCACCGUACUUCCCUCUUCUAGGAUUUGAGCAAUAUGCAGGGAAUCCAAUCCUUUCACCCAAUCCAAAGCAUAAUUGGGAAUCAGCCUAUCUUUACAACCCGACCGCAAUCGUCAUUGAUGAUAUGGUGAUGAUGCUCUACCGCGCCCAGAACAAAACCAAAACAUCGUCUGUCGGCCUCGCAUGGUCUAGUAACGGAGUCAAUUUUACCCGUUAUGACAAGCCAGUUUUGGAGCCUACUGAACCAUAUGAGACGCCGGGUGGCUGCGAAGAUCCUCGGGUGGUUCGCGUGAACGGCACGUUCUACAUGACCUAUACCGGUUACGACGACACCACGGCACGUCUCUGCCUAGCUACAUCCACCGACAUGGUCCAUUGGACGAAACAUGGUCCCAUCCUACCAAACGUCACAGAUGUAGUAUAUGACUGGCAAAACCCGCUAAAUACGUACAAACCACGCGCAGGGUGGAGUAAAUCCGGAUCCAUCCUGGACGAACCUCAGCCCGACGGGACCUACCGCAUGCUCUUCGGUGACUCAUUCCUCUACCAAGUAAACUCCACCGACCUGGUCCACUGGAACUACGACCAAUACGUCCUUCCGUACGCAUCUCACCUCAAUCCUUGGGAAAUGGCAAUCAUGGAGUCCGGACCCCCGGCAAUCAAAACCCGAGAUGGAAAAUGGCUGCAGGUUUACAACGGCGUGGCGACGGGCCUGGGAGGUUUUACCCCGAGCCAGUAUAGCACUGGGCAAAUGCUCAUUGACCCCGUGCGCUUCCCACACGGACCCCCGGUGGCUCGGGUGGAGACUCCACUGUUGCAGCCGACCAGCGUGGACGAAAUUACGGGACAAGUGGAUCAUGUUGUAUUCACCGAGGGGUUGGUGCAGUUUCAUGGGAAAUGGUUUAUGUAUUUUGGUCAGGGGGACGAGUUUCUUGGGGUUGCUACUGCGCCGGUGCAGCCCUGA